UUAUGGGACGGAGGGAGUAUAUUUGCAUGGUAUCAGUGACACAUAGUACUAGAACAAAAAUAAUUGAAUCCCUCGCACAGAUAGGCAAACCCUGCAGUAAGUUGUAUAUAUUCGGCUGCCCUGGCCUCCCCACUACCUCCCCACAGAUGACAGAAUAGCUCAUCAAACCUAAGUUUAAUUAAUUGCCAACAUUCUCAUGGUCAUCAAACCAAUGGGCAAACCACUCGUAGUCAUACUCUUGCUAUCCUCCUCCCUCCUCGCCGUUGCAGCUGCUGCAGCAUCGCCGCCGUCAUCAACAGCAGCAGGCCAUGCAGGCGAGCCAGACGACGACGUUGUGUCCACCUACAUCGUGCACGUCAUGCCCGCACACGCGCCACGCCGCCUUCCCACGCACCGCGCGUCUCGUCGUCUCACCCGCGGCUACGCAUCGCUCGUCCGCGGGCUCCUCCCGCGGCACAUCGCCGACCCGGCUCCGCGACUCCUCUACUCCUACGCGCACGCCGCGACGGGGUUCGCGGCGCGCCUCACGGCACGGCAGGCCGCGCACCUCGAGGCGCAGCCUUCCAUCGCGGCCGUUGUCCGCGAUACGGCCUAUCAGCUCCACACCACAUGGUCCUCCGACUUUCUCAACCUCUCGCCGUCUUUUGGGCUACAGGCGGAGUCCAACGGCGCCGUAGACGCGGUGAUUGGUGUCAUAGACACGGGUAUAUAUCCGAAAGACCGUGCGUCCUUUGCACCUGACCCAUCUCUGCCCCCAACACCGCCUCCCACCUUCCGUGGUAGUUGCGUGUCGUCGUUUCGUGAUUCCAAUGCCAGCGCUUACUGCAACAACAAGCUUGUGGGAGCAAAGACGUUCUACCGGGGAUACGAGGCACAAAAUGGGCCAAUAGAUGAGAGGGUGCAGACCAAGUCACCGCUAGACCAGGAAUCCUAAUUGACGCGUACGCGCCGGCCCACACGGCCCAAGACAUGGUUAGUUCUUUUUUCCGAAUUUUUUCAUAUAUGUAUAAGCUUUUAACCCAUAUUUGAAUACUUUCAACUCUGACUUAAAAACUUUCAACUCAGAUUCGAAAACUUUCAACUCGAGAUUCGAAAACUUUCAAAUCAGAUUUAAAAAUUUUCAAAAGUUAUAAUUAAAAAACUUUCAACUCAAAACAUUUUGAAAAAAAAAUACGUGUGCUAAAGAUUUUAAAAAAGUAAUCAGAAAAAAAGAAAAAAAAAGCUAAAA